CUCCACCAACAUUUAUUCAUUCCAAAAUCACCAAGAAAGCAUCCAACUUAUUUUGAGAGACAUCGCCAAGACAUUUAGAGAUACUGCUACAGAAGUAGCUCAUGAGGAGAGCCUUAACAAUCAAAACUGGGACUGUGAGACCAAUUGGGUUCAAGUUAAAAUGUUCCAUAAAAAGGGCAUUAGUUAUGAAUGGGAACCCUUACAAGAACAAGCAUUUCAAACUUUAAAAGGUCACUUAACCUUAGAAUCAGUUUUAAGAUACCCAGAUUUUGGAAAACCUUUUUUUCUCUAUACAGAUGCUUCCGGGGUUGAUCUCAGUGUAGUAUUAGCCCAGAAGGAUGAAAUUAAAAGAAAAUAUGCUAUUGUAUACAUCAACAAAAGUUUACCCAAAGCCAAAAGGAACUAUUUGACAACAGAGCUGAAAUAUUACACUGUGGUCUGA